AUGUUUAUCAGUUACAAAGUAGCCAAAGCUUCAGAAUAUCUAGUAAUCACUGGAUCCGGCAUCGACGACAUAAAACUUGCAAAAAAGGCAUGGGUACUUCUAGGCCAGUCGAGCACUAUUAUCGACGUAUCUCCUGUGAAUUAUACUUUCGAAGUUCAAGCUAUGAGUUCCGAAAAGCUUGCUUUCCUUCUCCCAGCCGUCUUCACUAUUGGUCCUCGUCAUGAAGAUCAACAAAGCCUACUGAGAUAUGCAAAACUGCUCUCUUGUCAUAAUCGUCAGUCUAACCAUGUUAAAGAUCUAGUUCAAGGUAUUAUUGAAGGAGAAACUCGAGUUCUUGCUGCUUCAAUGACUAUGGAAGAUGUAUUCAAAGGUACUAAAGAUUUCAAGAAAGAAGUAUUUGAGAAAGUUCAAUUAGAACUCAACCAAUUUGGGCUUUUGAUUUACAACGCAAACAUUAAACAUCUUGUGGAUGUCAGAGGACAUGAAUAUUUUUCGUAUUUGGGUCAGAAGGUUCAAAUGGAAGCAGCCAAUCAAGCAAAAAUCGAUGUGGCAGAAGCAAAAAUGAAAGGUGAAGUUGGAGCCAAGUUGAGAGAAGGUCAAACUGCACAAAACGCGGCAAAAAUCGAUGCAGAAACGAAGAUUAUAUCAACUCAAAGGCAAGGGGAAGGAAAGAAAGAAGAACUUAAGGUAAAGGCUGAGGUUAAGGUUUUUGAGAACCACAGAGAAGCUGAUGUAGCUGAAGCUAAUGCUGAAUUGGCGACCAAGAAGGUUGGGUGGGCUCAGUUGGCACAGUUGGCCGAGGUUGAGUCUGUUAAGGCGGUGGCCAUCAAAGAGGCUGAGUUGCAAAGAGAAGUUGAGAUGAAGAAUGCUUUGACUCGGACCGAAAAGUUGAAGGCUGAGUUCCUUAGUAAAGCCAGUGUGGAGUAUGAAAUCAAGGUUCAAGAGGCAAACUGGGAGCUAUACAAGAAACAAAAAGAAGCAGAAGCAGUACUCUAUGAGAGCCAGAAGGCAGCUGAGGCCCAAAAACUAGCCGCAGAAGCAACUCUUUUUGCUCGAAAACAAGCAGCAGAUGGAGAACUAUAUGCGAAAACAAAAGAAUCAGAAGGUUUAGUAACGGCAGCAGAGGCACAAGGAAUUUACAUUCGUACUUUAUUUCAAGCAUUUAACGGGAACUAUGCUGCAUUAAGAGAUUAUCUGAUGAUAAAUGGUGGUAUGUUUCAAGAAAUUGCCAAGAUUAAUGCCAGUGCAGUUCAAGGUUUGCAGCCAAAGAUUAGUAUAUGGACCACAGGCAAUGGCCAUUCAGGGGAUGGUAGUACUAUUAAUGCUGUAGACGGUUCAGUUUCAGGAGCCAUGAAAGAGGUGGCAGGAGUUUACAAGAUGUUACCACCAUUGUUUCAGACUGUUGAAGAACAAACUGGGAUGGUCCCACCUUCAUGGUUGGCUACUCGGUCCGUUACAUCUUCUAAUCAAUCAUGA